UCUUUAUAUGUAACAGGAAAGGGCUGUUCUUAGCCCAGACGCGGGGACCACUACAGCUCGGGAACAGCUGGGUAGAGGACACAGAAACUCUUCGUUACAUGAGAGAUGGAGAUGAUAUUUGGUAGAAAUAAAGAAGAACACCCAGAGCCCAUAAAAGCUGAGGUGCAAGGUCAGUUGCCCACUUGGUUGCAAGGGGUACUUCUCCGAAACGGCCCAGGGAUGCACACGAUAGGGGACACGAAGUAUAACCACUGGUUUGACGGCUUGGCUCUGCUGCAUAGCUUUACAUUUAAAAAUGGUGAAGUUUACUACAGAAGUAAGUAUCUCCGAAGUGACACGUACAACUGCAAUGUAGAAGCAAACCGAAUCGUGGUGUCUGAGUUUGGAACUAUGGCCUAUCCAGAUCCAUGCAAAAACAUAUUUUCCAAGGCAUUCUCAUACUUGUCUCACACCAUUCCUGAAUUCACAGACAACUGCCUCAUCAACAUUAUGAAAACUGGGGAUGAUUUUUACGCUACCAGUGAGACUAACUUCAUCAGGAAAAUUAACCCGCAGACUCUGGAGACGUUAGAGAAGGUUGACUACAGCAAAUAUGUAGCUGUGAAUGUGGCAACUUCUCACCCGCACUAUGACAGUGCUGGAAAUAUUCUCAACAUGGGUACUUCGAUAGUUGAUAAAGGGAAGACAAAAUACAUUCUAUUUAAGAUUCCUCCCUCUGUGCCAGAAAAAGAAAAGAAGAAAUCCUGUUUUAAACAUCUGGAAGUGGUAUGCUCCAUCCCUUCUCGCUCUCUGCUCCACCCAAGCUACUACCAUAGCUUUGGAGUCACAGAAAAUUACAUCAUCUUCGUAGAGCAGCCAUUCAAACUGGAUAUUGUCAAAAUGGCAACGGCUUACAUGCGAGGUGUGAACUGGGCUUCCUGCCUUGCCUAUCACAAGGAAGAUAAGACUUGGUUUCACUUUGUAGACAAGAAGACUAAAAAAGAAGUAUCCACCAAGUUUUAUACUGAUGCUAUGGUGCUUUUUCACCAUAUAAAUGCUUAUGAAGAGGAUGGCCACAUCGUUUUUGAUAUUAUUGCCUACACGGACAAUAGCUUGUAUGAUAUGUUCUAUUUAAAAAAACUGAAUAAAGACUUUGAAGAGAACAACAAACUUACCUCCAUACCGACCAGCAAACGAUUUGUUGUUCCCCUGCAGUAUGACAAGGAUGCCGAAGUAGGUUCCAACUUAGUCACGCUUCCGUCUGCUGCAAUGGCUGUGAAAGAGAAGGACGGCAGCAUCUACUGCCAGCCUGAAAUACUGUGCGAAGGGAUAGAACUGCCUCGCAUCAACUACGACUACAAUGGCAAGAAGUACAAGUACGUCUUUGCAGCAGAGGUCCAGUGGAGUCCAGUCCCUACGAAGACUGUAAAAUUUAAUAUCCAGACAAAGGAAAUGCUCCAGUGGAGAGAGGACCACUGCUGGCCAUCUGAGCCCAUUUUCGUUCCCAGCCCUGAUGCAAGAGAAGAGGAUGAUGGCGUUGUUCUUACUUGUGUGGUGAAGUCUGACCCAAAGGAAGCACCCUUCCUACUUGUCUUGGAUGCUAAAACAUUCAAAGAACUGGGCCGAGCCACAGUAGAUGUAGAAAUGCAUCUGGACCUGCAUGGAAUGUUUAUACCAGAGAAGGAUUUGAAGACACAGACUGAGUAA